AUGCUUAAUUCGCCCAUAAUACAAGCAGAUUCUGAUAAACGUUUACGUUCUUCAAUAACACGACAUCAUAAGACGGAUUUAGUUAAGAUUCCAUCGGCAGACAAGUUUGAUGAUAUCAAUAAUAAUCACUAUGAUGAACCGGAAAACAAUGUCAACGGUUGUCAUAAACAAGAUUUAGCUUUAAAUGAUCAUGAGAACGAUAGUACAUUGUUAACGACAACGAUGACAACAACGGUCGAAGUUAAAUGA